CUUCCAUCUACCACUUCUUACCGCGCCGCGGCGCCGCGCGUCCGCGAGACCGACGGAGAGAGUGAGAGAGAGAGAGAGAAAGAGAGAGGAGGUGGAAAAGAAUAAGACAGACAGAGAGGGUAAGUGGGAGUGUGAAGGCAGAGGAGUAGAGAGAGGAAAAGGAAGUAAAAGACGGAGGCUACUACGACGACGACUACGACGACGACGACGACGACGACGACGACGACGUCGACGACGCCGGCGGCCACGGCGAAGCGUGCGCGCCUUUCCUUGGCCUCAAGCGCGAGAAAGAGAGACUGAGGAGGAAGGAGACGGCGGUAGGAGUAGGAAGGAUAGAAAGGGAGAGAAGGACGGAGAAAGAGAGCGCCGAGCUUCCGCUUCCUUAUGCUCCGCCGCGGACUGCAUCAACCAGUCGCGCGGUCGCGCUCACAUAAGAAACUGGGAUUCGAGAGGCCGACCCCCUUCUCGAGCCAGCGCGCGGUUCCGCAAAGGCGGAAGGAAGCGAACGGCGGUUACCGGCGAGUGUACGUCGCGCGGUCGUCGCGAAAGCCGCUCUCCCCGUUACACGUUACUCUAAUGAAGCAAGAUAACACGCACGUGUAACGUAGAAAAAGAAAUUAUCCGCGCUCAACCAAGGCUCGAGCCCGACUGACCGAACGUUUACCCCCACCACCGUGCGAGGCGAGCGAGUCGUAUACGCGUCGUCCGCGAUUCACGAAGGGGCCCCGGUAGGGCCCGUCGAAUCGGGCCUUGAGCGCGAGGGCCCGUCGGUGCCCAUCGGCUACACUCGGCUCGACGACAGUCGCGUCAUUCACGCCGAUGAUGAAGAGAGGGGGGCCGCGCGGCCUCCUGAACGAGUUCUAUGAAUACACCACGAGGAUGACGCCGCCGGAAAUAACGGAGGCUUAAGGGGUGUUGUUACUCGAUGCCACUUCGCGCCACCGAGGAAGAUGUUUCUGCUCCUUUCAGUGCUUCCUCUUCCUCCUCUUCUUCCUGGCGACGGAGAGAUCCGACCAGGUGGAGGAAGGCGAGUUCGGGGAGGAUGCUGCAUGUUCUCAUUGAGGGACAAAUCUUAACGAAGAGGAAGCAGCAUCGAUGUUAAUGUCACGGAAACGGGAGAGAUCCCAGACGAUCAACCAAAGUUCCUAUUUUUCACGUGUUUUAGCCCAAAGUUUAGAAAAUUAAGGGAGCGAGAUUUAGAGAAGUAAGGGAGGCGGAAAGAGAGGGUGUGAAGAGGUUAAGAAAGCGCUAAAGCGUAAGGAAGAUCGAGAUGACGCACGUCGAAACCUCGUGUCUGCGACGAGAAUGGAGCCUCCCGCGCUAAUUAACCAGCCAAUUAGAAAGCCCGCGGCCAUGCGUAAUGAGCUGCGCGCGCAAAAGUUCCUAAAUGCAACGCGGUCCUUUUUCCUUCGAAUUCGCGCCGGUCACGAAACACGCGGCGCGCACUAAUAAUAUAAAUUUAGAUAUACAAAGGAAACGAAAACCUCCUCCUCGGCCGUAUUGAUUACGACCGCGUUCGAGAUUACGAGAGUGUGACCGAAGCGGUGGAGAGCAGGUGGAGGAUAAGGAGCGCUUUAGUCCUUGAUACUAGUCCGCUAACAAUCAUAGUGAUAGUAUAAUAAUAAUAAUAAUACCGCUAGAGAUUAAUUGUACAACGGCGAAGAGCGCCUUCUCUGCCGAGACGAGUGGCGGAAGGUGGAAUAAAUAAGCAACGUACUUGUGUCUUAUGGCGUCCGAUUACGCCAACAGGCAAUAAAAAAGCAGGAGACUCGAGGCGCGUACGAAGACGAGACACGUCGAGGAGACACGUUUUCCUUCUAUCCUGCCCCGCGCACAGAACCACGGUGCGCGCAAGGGAAUCUAUCUGUUUUUCUUUUGAGACAGCAUGGAACCUGCGGAUGGACACGCUCGACUUCGGAAACCGACCUUGCAGCUCUUUAAGCAGUUUUUAACCGUAUAUUAAUGUGCCACGUGGGCUCUUGAAGCAAUUUCACAGACCGCGCACGCCGCGCGGUGUUUUUAUCCUCUUAACCGAGUACGAAGUAACUAAAUAAAAUAAAUAGAAGGAUUACGAAAUAUAUAUAUAAACAAACAAAUAAAUAUAUAUAUAUAUAUAUAUACACACAAUUUAAGAAUAACCUAUUUAAUUAUAUAUUCCUAUAUACAUAUACAAGGAACACAUGUACAGGUAUUUUACUAGGUCCUUACGAUUUUGAAACUCACCCUCGUUGAAAUGAAGAGAGGCGAUAAGUGAAAUUUGCAGGAGACCAAAGAGAAAAGGGGGUGCUUUUCGUGCGUUCGUUCGAAAGCUAGAAAAGAUAUUUUUCACUGCGUCGGAACAGUGUAACGAGAACGGCUAAAAUGUCCACGAUGAGUGUCGUCUCGAACUCUUCCGUCGAGGUGGACUCGGAUUCCUCUAACGACGUGUCGAGCAAGGACGAUAGCGCCGAAAGAAAGUUUAUCCUACGCAACGAGCUGUACAGUAGCUUGCUGGCGAGCGCGUUAGGCAAAACCGUGCUCAACAGGCAUCUCAAUUUCAAAGAGCAGGGAAUUAACUUCAAUCUGGCAUCCCUGAAGGACAACUUAAACGCGCUCGGUGCACUGAAGGAGUUAAAGGACUUGAAGGGCUUGACCGUCAGCAGCGUGCCCGCCUUUCCGAGGAACUUGGCCCUUCAUCGGGAAGAUCACGACGAGAAAAACUCAUUUGCGUGGUCGGAGGGUGGCGAAGAAGGUGGCGGCGGCGGCGGCGGAGGUGGCGGAGGAACGGGUGGAACUGGACCAGGUACUGGCCCUGCGACCACCGGUGGUGGCGGACUGGCCCAUUGGGUCAGUGUUAUGGCGGAGCACAUUCACAAUCCGCAUUCCGCCACUGGUGUCGGUGUUCACCAUCAACAACAAUCCCCACCUCAACCGCCUUACCCGUGGAACAAUGGCCUUUCCAGUGACCAAUGCGCCCCGCACGACAAGGAAAGCGACUACUGGGGUGGCGGCCGGGGCGCGAAACAAGGUUACGAGCACUUUCUGUUGCAGGCGAAAAUGAACGCGGACCAUGGUCAGCUGCAGAAAGGCGACGAGCAGUAUCGAGGCGCUGGCGGCUCGAGCAGCGGAAGCCCACCGGCGAGUCUUUUGGUGGUGCCACAACCACUCACCGUGAAACCCUCCCAUCCGUCGCAUCUCAAUUCCCAUCUUGGUGGGCCUCAUUCGCAUCCGCCGAGGAAGUAUCAAUGCAAGAUGUGUCCGCAGAUAUUCGGUAGCAAGGCGGAUCUGCAGCUCCACACGCAGAUUCAUAUGCGCGAGGCGAAGCCGUACAAGUGCACGCAGUGCUCCAAGGCGUUCGCCAACUCCUCGUACCUAUCCCAGCACACGAGGAUCCACCUGGGCAUUAAGCCGUACCGUUGCGAGAUUUGCCAACGGAAGUUCACCCAGCUGAGCCAUCUACAGCAGCACAUCCGCACGCACACCGGCGAUAAGCCGUACAAGUGCCGGCAUCCUGGCUGCACGAAGGCGUUCAGCCAAUUGAGCAACCUACAGAGCCAUUCCCGAUGCCACCAGACCGACAAGCCGUACAAGUGUAACUCCUGCUACAAGUGCUUCUCCGACGAGCCGAGUCUGCUCGAGCACAUACCGAAGCAUAAGGAGUCGAAGCACCUGAAGACGCACAUCUGCCAAUAUUGCGGUAAGAGUUACACCCAGGAGACCUAUCUAGCGAAGCAUAUGCAGAAGCACGCGGAGAGAACGGACAAGAGACCGCCGAUCAUCGGUACGGGCCUCAGGCCGUCGAUACACGCGAUGACCGCCCACCACCAGGAUCACUAUUGGUCCAAGGUCAGCCCGGACACGGUGAUCGGGGACCUGCACGAGAGGCUGCCGCACCAUCAUACAGAAUACCACCAAAAUCAGAACCCGGAGAUGCUCCUGCCUGGGCAUGGGCAUCGCCCUGGCGAGUCUAUAGAAAACGACUCGAGGCAACAGACACCUCAACCGGGCGCGAAUCAUCAUCCCAACAGUAGUUCGGCCUUCACGCCGAUAUCGUCGAUCUCGAUCAAUUCACUAUCUUCGAUGCAGCAUCCAUUAAAUCCGCUGAAUCAUCUGCACUAUGCUGGCACCCAUCAUCCGUCUCGGCCGUACCUCUACGACGCGUUCAACACAACGCAGAAGUCAUCGCCGACGUCCUCGUCGUCCGGUGUGACGCCCGGCACUACCAGCAAUCAGAACGCCACGUCCUUCCCGAAUCAGCUGAUCAGCCUUCAUCAGAUUAGGAAUUAUGCCCACCAGCCAAAUCUCGGCAAUCUGGGCAACCUGGGGAAUCUGGGGAAUCUGAACAAUCUCAGUAAUCUCAGUGCCACGAUGGAGAGCCACGCGUUGCUAGGCGGUCUCAAGGAGAAGCAGUAAUUCUGUCUAAUCUUUGGAGAUUAACCUCGGGAAACAUUCGCGCGCUCUCCACCACUUUCCUUCUAUCUUUUUUCUUCUGCUUUCCACGUGAUACGGUACGUCAUGACGCUGGCUCUUCAUCGCAGCUCGAUCGUUUUCUUCUCCAUGAUCUCUUUACCCAUCUAAUUUAUUCACCACAUUGGUGUACGUAAAUCCCUCGCGAGCGAAACCCCUCCUUUGCGUUCCUCUUAUACGCGUAAACAUAUACGUAUGUAUGUAAGAAGGACAGGGUCUUGUCGUAAGAGAGAGAGAGAGAGUGAGAAAGAGAGAGAAAAGAGAUCUCUCUCUCUCUUUCUCUCUCUUUCUUUUAGUAGAUUAAUGCGGUGUGGAAACUAAUCGCGGAAACGGAUAAGAAAUGCGAGAUGAGAUCGAUGUAUACUAUCGUAUUCGAUAUACCUAUAUCGAAGUUAUUUUCGACAGAAAUAGAGAGAAAAGAUUAUCAUACACUCCUUUAUCACUUUACUUCCCCUUCUGUUCCUCCUUGUCUUCUUUUCUUUUUUUAAAAUUCUAUUUAUCUUUUUGAUUCCGUAUAUACAUGACGAUUACAUGUCUUAUGUUAUCAUACAGUUAACAUACAUUACGUAUGUUGAUCAAACUCUCAAAAAUCUAUUGUUACAUGCAGGAAAAAAACCAGAUUUAUUUGAAUUAAAACUAUUUCAUUUCAAUCACCGAUAAUAUUGAAUUGGUAAUGAUAAACCAAAACUGAAAACUAGGAUUAACGAUUUCAACAACUUUAAUAACUUGUUCUAUAGAUUAUAUUUAAAUAUUUCCGAUUAUUGUUAAAAUUGUAAAACAUACACUUAGAAUGAUUUUUACUGUUUGUGAUAUUUAACGAAAGUGCUGAAUAACACGCAUUAUUUCGCAGUGCAACUGUGUAACGCGUUGGAAAUCUCGGUUUACAUUCCUUGAUAUAAUAAGACUGACGUGACGUAGUUUCCUCGAAGUCUACGUCUUUACAUACUGGUCUAAUUAUUGAUGAUUGACAUGAUUACUGAUCAACGAUCAUCAAGAAUUGUUUCGUUGUUUUCCCGCAACUGAAAAUCUAAUCUCUGUGUCGGUCGAGGAUACAAUCGAUUUACUCGACUGUUUCAGAUUUUUCAUCACGCUCCUCAGCGUGCUAAUCCUCGCCAAUAAUCAUGCGUGCCAAUUACGUGCUAGAAAGUUCCAUCAAUACGCAUUCGUCGCGGUAUAAUCCAUACGAUCUGACGCUGGCCGUUUAAAGCUGACAUUUGAAUGAUAAAGUGGAGCACGAUCAUGGAUUAACUUGUAUUCGAAUAGUGGACGAUACACUUUCAUAAUGCUAGAAAGUAUACGAGAUGCUGACGAUGAACUGCGAGCCGGUUCCCUCUUCAGUUCAUCAGAAAAGAUUUUAGUUGAGAACAGAAAAUUACUUUGCAAAUUAUCAAUGAUUUAUACUUUUACGAAGAACUACAUGGAGUAGAAUUUUUUAAAAAUAAAUUUGCUCUAAGUUCUUUGAUUCCAGCAACAAUCAUUUAUUUUCAACAGAAUUCCCUAUCGUCUUUCUUCAUUAUUUUAUCUUAUUAAAACAAUUUAAAACGGCUUUAAACAGCCAGCAAAUUUCCGACGAUUGAAAUUUGAAUGAAAUUUCAAUAAAAAUUUGGGAUUAUUACGGAAUUCUAUGGAAUUAGAAUUGAAAUUAUUUGGAAAAACGUUAUUCUUACGAACGCAAAAAAUAUUUUUUAUUAUCAAUUGACAUUUUAAGUUAUAAAAUUAAUUACACAAUUAUUUUAUUUUAUUUUUUAGUUUUUUUACGCUUUUUGUUUCAUUUAUCAAAGCAAAUCAUCAUUAUGAAGACAACUAUAUUGAAAGGAAAUAAACGGCAAGAAAAUACGGACUGAUAAGAUAAAGAAUUAGACAUACGUAUGAUAGGAGAAGGUACAUGCGAAUAUUAUAUCUUGACGUACGCGGAAGAAAAUGGAUAGGCUGAUAUACGAAAAGUGAGCGAAAAGUAUAUUUUUCGCAUUAUCGAAAAGACAUACGCAAAAUUAUGCGAAGGUGCUAGUAGUAACCAAGGCAUAACAAAAAAAAACGCGAAGACUGGCAUAUAAAUAAAGAGGUACACGAAAAUCUCGUUUAGAAAUAUAUAUACGAACACAAAUACAUAUAUAUAUAUAUUUUUUUGUGUCCAUAUAUAUAUUUCUAAACGAGAUUUUCGUGUAUCUCUUUAUUUAUAUGCCAGUCUUCGCGUUUUUUUACAACAAUCUUUUCAUUACGCCUUCGUUACUAUUGGUACCUUCGCAUAAUUUCACGUAUAUCUAUAUAUAUAUGAAAGCAACACGCACACACAUACUGUAAGAGACUCACACGGAGAUCUUUGUAAAUAGGUGCUAUAUAUAAAUAAACAAAUAAGUAUAUUCAUAUAUUAAUUGAUGGAUUAAUAUAUGCAUAUACAAAUGCAUAAAUAAAGAAAUAAUUAUUAUCAUCACCGGCGUCAUCAUCUUUAUGAGCAUCGUUAUUGUCAUCUCGAUCAUUAUUAUUAUAUUAUUUUUAUUUGCAUUAUUACUAUUACUAUUAUUAUUAUUAUUAUUAUUAUUAUAUUAUAUAUUAUUAUUAUAAAUUGAUUAAUAUUUUGAUCGAUAUUUAGUAGGUGUGUAAGGUAAAGAAAUCAGACUUUAAUAAUGAAGAUAUUCUAAGUACCUUUCCUAAUAUCUAAGUAAUCUUAUGUAUAAUCUGUUGCGUGCGUAUGCGUGUGCGCGUGAGGAAGAAAAAUAGGAGAAGGACGAAGGGAAAGAAAGGGAGAAAUGAACAUGUAUAUGCGAACAUUGUAGAUAAUUUGUUGUUGUACGGCGCUAGACGCACUCUCCUUCGGGGUUCCCGCGUGACCAAUCGUUCAAUCGAGUUUACGUUGUUCGCAAGAGCGCUUUAUCGUUGAGUUUUACAUUUUUAAUCGUGCACAAAUUUCACUUUUAUUUUCACCACCGUCGACGUAGCACGUACGGCGAAGGGGGUGUCAAUGAUGCCAAUUCAUUUCCGAGUUUUUAUUCGGGUCAAGAGAAUUGCGAUUUCAGUCGGCGAAUCCCGUGGAGAUCACGUCCACGCCUUACCUAUGCUCAAGUUGUUUAAAACUAUUACGUUGUUAUUAAGAGAAGAUGAUAGGACAAUGAAUGAGAAAGUAGGGGCGAGGGGUAAUAAAGCGUAUAGAAGAACGUUCGAAGUAGAUUCACUUCUUGCUGCGUGUAGCAGUCUCCUUUGCAAUACGGCAUGCGACCCGCUAUCUCUGGAUGACCCAAACUAAAUUAACACGAAAAAGAGAAAAAGAGCAUAGAGGCAUUUGCCUAUAAAAAAAAAAAAAAUAGGCAAACGUAUAAUCACGCGUACGCGUGCGAUUAUGUACAAUUAAGAAACCUGUGCAUACAUUCUGACAAAUUGACAAUGGGAUAAACAAAAUUAUCAUAUAAUUCGAUUGAAAUACAGAGAAAGGAUAGACAGAUACUCCUCAUUUUGAUUACGAUUGGAUACAUAGGAAAUGAAAUAAGAUAGUUUUACAUGAGAACAAGGGACGCAAGAUAGGAAAUUUCGACCCCGCGCUUUAAAUGUGAUUUCUUCUGCCUAUCCUUAGUUUCAUUUAUUAUUAUUAUUAUUAAUAUUUUAUUAUUAUUAAUAUUAUUAUUAUUAUUAUUUCGUUUAAUAAACUGUCACGUGUUAAAAUAAAGGCAAAGGAGAGUUUCCCGAUAUGUAUGAUGCUGAAUUAUUUUAAUUCUCUAUUUUCUUUCUGUCAAAAGGAUGAAUUUUAUUUUGGCCUUUCCCUUCUCUCUUAUCAUACAAUGAUCCCUCCUUUUGUCCAUUGUUUUUAGGAUGCAUCUUUAUUGUGCUUUGCAUCAAUAAUUGUUAAUCUUUGAAAAACGAUCUUUCUACCUUUUAUCUAUCUUUUUAUCUACGUUUCGAUUUGUAGAUUGAAAAUUUACGAAGAACAUCGAACGCGAUGCGGAGCAAGGUAAUAUACGUCUCGUCUACCGUGCAUUAAUGUUUCCAUACAGAUAUUAAAGAUUGGAAACGCACGGUUAGGGUAGGCGAAAGUGUCUUUCGCGUCUCUGAAUUUAAUCUGCAUUAAUCCGUAAGUACACAUGAUCUCCUUUCGUAAUUACUCGGUUUCUAUAAAUUAUUUUUUUAUCCGAAGGUUACGAUAAUCAAUUGGUUAUUCAAUUUAAAUUUAGACGGCGCAGAAAUUGUUAUCGCUUUCUGGAAAAAAAAAACUGUUGUUAAAAUAUAUUAUUUAAAAAAAAGAAAUGGAAUGUUGUGUCUCUCCUCUCACGUACUUACUCCCGUACGCUCGCGCGUACUUACGGAUUAUGAAGCACAAGUUACACGAAAGGAUAAAACGAUAUGCGUCUUCAGAAAAUGGAUUUUACUCUUAAUCACGCUCUCAGCGCGUUUUUCUUUUCGUGGAAUGGAUAUGAACUUUCUCCUUAUUACUGGAAUCUAUUCGUUUCUGAAAUCUAUUUGCCAAUCUAUUUGUUUUAUCAAAACGUGGUCAGAUCAACGUAGCGAGAUGGAAUAUGGAUUUGUUUAAUUUGACGAAAUGGAAACGCAGCACAUCUGUUGUAAUACAUUUCUUUCCGUCCGUAACCUGUCGCUUCCUUGCUUAGUAAAAGGAUUAAAGGAAAUCGUUUUCCCCCCUCGCUAAUCAUGCCGCGACUCUCCCUUCUGUCGUGCGCCAUUUCGUUUCCGUUGUACGCCGCUCGAAUCAUUUCAUCCUUCGCUGAUUCUCUGUCGCAAUCCUCUGUCUCUCCGUUUCUUACAUUCGAUUACGAUAAAUUUCGCGAGACACUCGAGCGUACUCGGUUCCAGCGCGCCGCGCGAGCACUUCGCGGACAGAUGCCGUCCAAUUAUUCUUUCGUCGUGUAUACAUACAAAGACAAGGGGGAGGAGGGGAGGGGGUAUCGUGCAUUAGGACGAUACACUAAAAGUCAAAGGGAAUUUUUCGUCUAUCCUUCCACGAUAGGGAAAAAGGUGUUUCGAAGGAGAUGGGGGACAAUAGAAUUAACAAAGGGGAAAACGAGGAAAAGCAAUGUAAAACUGGAAAAUUCGUAAAACUAAAGAUACUUGCGGGACGUGCCCGGUUAUUGAUGAAGUUGUUUUUUGCUACUCGCGCGCGAUCAGUUCCUUCGCGAAUGACAACGAUCUUUUAGGUGACGCGAAAGAGGAAAGAUGAUAGAAGUACAUUCUUUUAGCAAUACUCGUGAAGCACCGGUAGGAGGGGAACACACGAAGUCUUUUGACACGGGAAACGAUAGGAUUUAAACGGAUAAUAUGUCGACGAGCGGAUGUCGAUCGUUUAACGCAAAUAAAUUUCGCAUUCCAAGCAAUAAUUUACAGUCCGCGUGUCAAUCACGCCGUGUCUAGAUGUAAAACGGAGAAAUAUAUCGACAUUCUCUCUUCGGGACAAAUUGCGUAGCGAGGACACACAUUUGCAUUAUUAGAAUGAUUUAAUAAGAGCAUAUAUAAGAUAGAGACUAUAUACGAUCUCGUAGCAAGAUCGAGAACUGUACGUAUUGUAUAUUCUUUUAAUUAAAUGUCUGUACGCGGACAUUCAUAGCAACGAGAUCCAUCAGAUUAAACCAUCUUCGAGAAAAAGGCUUCGCAACCUCACUCUUUAUAUAUCGUUCUCUUUCGGUAAUAGUUAUUAUUACUAUAUACUUCAAGUAUACAAGUUGUAAAUGAAUGUUUCUACAACCAGCAUACCUUGCGUAACCAGUAGUCGUCGAGAGAAAAACGAGGAAAUAAGUAAAUAUAUAUACAUAUAUGUAUACGUGUAUGACAUAUAUAUGUAUGUGUAUAUGUAUGCGUGUGUGCAUAUAUGAAUGCGCGUGUAUUACAUCUCUGUGUGUUACAACGCACUCUUAGGAGAGAAAAAAAAUGCGUGUGACGAGGAAGGCAACUGAUAAGAAGAACGCAUGUGCAUGUACGUAAGAGCGUAUGUUGUAUGAGAGAAAGAAAGAGAGAGAGAGAGAGAGAGAGAGAGAAAGAGAAGACGCGUAUAAACAACGUAAGGAAAAACAAUAUAUUAAUUAUUGCGUGGUACGAACAGAACUGUGAUAUUUUAUUGUAUAAUUCUGCGGAAGAAAUGAGAGAGGAAUAUGAAAAGAAAUGUUUAAGGAGAAUAUACUAUUAUGUGAGAAAAAAAGAGAAAAUAAGAGAGUGAGAGAGCGAGAGAAAGAGAGAGAAUGAAGAUGAAUAUUACUGUAUUUUACAAAAAAAGUGCAUCCUUAAAUGCAAUUAAAUGCAAUUGUGCGGGAACUGUACAUACACCUGGUGUCUCCUUAUAGAUAAAAAUAAGGUACUUGACUUUGCGGUUGCGUAAGUAGUAUGUAAGACGUACGAAAGAGAGAGAGAAAGAGAGAGAGAGAGAGAAUUUUAUUGUUCGAUAAGAGACAAAUGAGAGACAAAGCUCUGUCCAGUCGUUCUCGCGACUUUAUGUGAGGUAAUGCUCGGUGUUUUCGGGCCGCCCGACCGCGGGUCCCAUCGUCUGAUCGUUUCCUGUUUGUAAAGAUAUAUGUAUAAAAAAAUAUAUAUAUACAUAUACAUACGUGAAUAAAUUAAAUGUUUCGUAAAAAAAAAAAAAAAAACGUAUGCACGAAGCCGGGCGACCACACUGCGGCAGCGGCGGCGGCAGCGACGACGACGACGACGACGAUGUAUUCAAAUAAGUGCGAAAAAAGAAAGUGAAAGAAGAGUAAUAAUUAGCAUAAAUACAUUUUAUGUCUGUAGAACCGCCAAGCGAUGAAUCAACUAAUCGUCAUCAUCUCCCGCAUCCCGCCACAUCUCUCGAUAUCUCCCUUCAAUCGUUUCGUUACGGACUCUCCUUCCCUCCCUCUCGCUCACUCGUGUUUAAUUAUGAUUUGCAGUAAGUUAUGCGAAAAUAAUGACGCAUUUCGCGAGAGACGUGAAGAUACGAGCGUGACGAUUUGAAAUCGCGAGUAGCGAAUGGAGGGAUGCAAAGGCGGACGGAAGCGAAUGACUUUGCGAAUUAAGGCUUGCACUAUGUGCGAAGGAAGGAUGAACCAAGUUUCUUACUUUGCGAAAGAAAGAGAAAUAGAAAAUCUUAUAUGGACGGCGUGAUAGCUCCUUUGUUAAUGUUUCGCGUGGAUUCGGCUCGUAAUCUCGUCGCAAAUUUAGACGCAAAUACAGCCAACCGAUUGUCCCGUUUAUCCAAUCUGUUCAGAAUGGGUAUACAUUUGUGUGUAACAACUGCGUAUACGUACGUAUAUGUUACGUAUACGAGUGAGAGAGAGAGAGAGAGAGAGAGAGAGAGAGAGAGAGAGAGAGAGAGAGAGAGAGAAAGAGAAAGAGAGAAACAGAGACGAGAAACGGACGGCCACGUUUGCGACGUUAAAUGUGCCUCUAGAAUACAGGCUUUUAUCCCACUGGUAGACGCACAAGUGUAAUGGAACACUGAUGAAAAUAUUUUCGAUAAACCCGCAAUUUCCAGAUCGCAAAAGGGAGAUGUGGCUAUUGGUUUUCACUGUACCUUCCAUCGCAAACUCCGAUUUUUUUAGUUGCAUCUUUUUCUGUACUUAAAAUGAAACGAGGAUGGCAAUAUGUGUUUUUUGGAGGAAGAGAGAGAGAGAGAGAGAGAGAGAGAGAGAGAGAGAGAGAGAGAGAGAGAGAGAGAGAGAGAGAGAGAGAGUGUGUGUGUGUGUGUGUGUGUGUGUGUGUGUGUGUGUGUGUGUGUGUGUGUGUGUGUGUGCGCGCGUGCGUGUGUGGUAUAAGAACAAAUAGAGUACAGAAAAAGAGUAAAAAGAUUAAUAAAAAAAAAAAAAAAAAUAUUCCUAGUAACACAUUUUCAAAGAUUAUUGUCGGGAGACUGUGCAAUACCCCCUCCACGACGUAAUUUAGAAAAAAUAAGGAUAUAAGAGGGAUGAUUUUCCAUAUUUUACGUCGCAACUACAUGUCUAUCGUACUAAAAUAUAGUGGAUUAAAGAACGCACAUUGUGAGCGCGCGAAUCCAUGCGAACAUCGUUUAACUCAUCGGGAGCAACGGAUUAAAAUUCUUCGGGUGAUCUGCAUCCAUCCCGGGGUCAGAACGAUCGAUUUUCGGACAUGUCGAUCGUCGCUCAAGUACAAGAGCCGCGCGUAUUAUUCAAAAAUCUGCCGCUCCGACAGAAUUUAGAGUUAAGCUAUUCGAUCGCGUUGCUGCGUAUCCGAGGUAGCGAUCGAAACUUCGAAGUGGCAGAGAUCUCUCCAGGGGACGAAAACUGAAUGUCCCCGCGUUUUCUUUUUCUCCCUCCCUUCACCUCUUCAUCCUGAAGAAUCACACGUAGAUUCCGCGUUUAUAAAGUUCUUGUACGCAUGUACAAACGUGUGAUUUGACGUGAUGGAGCCCGUUGCUUUGUGCCUCCAGCGCGAAACUCGUACGUCGCUCGCGUUCGCAUCUCACACGAAUCCGAUCCUUUUUCGCGGUUGAAUCUCGAAAUUAGAUCGCGAGUAGUGAGGUUUUAGACGGAAAGAUAGAUAUCGCAAGUUCUUCUUUCGAAAGAGAAAACGGAAAAAUGUUCUGAUCUAAAAAGUUUUGAAGCACGCAAUGUGUGCGAAACUUAAAUCUAAAAAUUUAUAAAUAGAAUCCUUAUACUUACGACUCUCUUUUGACUUACGAAUUUUCCGACUUCGAAUCGACAUGCUAAAAAUUAAUUAACAGAUUAUAACGAAACUAAUUAGACUGUUUGUUAAGUGGUAAUUUAAAUUAAAUAAUUUUAUAUUAAUACCAUAUUAAGAGUUAUAUUUUUCGUACAAAAUAGUAUUGUUUUUUUAUCAUUCGUUGAAGUCUAUGUUUAAACUGAAUAUUAGUUUUACAAUAAAUAUCACGUUAAAACUUAUAAUCUUUGAAAAAGCUUUUUUUUUAAAUGGAAGUAUAUAAUUGUUUUUAAUAAGAUAAUUAUUUUGUAUAAAUAAUACUUUAUUUGUAUAAGAUAUAAAUACAAAGUUAUACAAGAUUUACGAUUAUAACUCGCUUUACGACCAAAGUCUCGAAACGUAAUCUCGUCGUAAGUAGAGGGAUAUAUCUGUAUAUUAUAUAUAUAAAAUUAAAAGCAAAGUACCGUGCGUUUUAACAUUUAUUGGUAACGAUUGGUUAACGAUUAUUUUUUGAUAAUGCAAGAAAUUUGAUCCAACGGGCUGCUAAAAAACUUCCCGGUGUCUUACAUCUAAAUAUAUUAUAAUCUAUCGUAUCUAUUUCCAAGCUGCCGAAGUAGCGUCAAACAGCGUUCCAAUUUCGAGAAGUAUUAAAUUAAUCAUGCGAACGAUCGAUGCAGAUAUUCAGCGAUUUUAAUUUGCACAGAGAGAUGAUCUAAAAAAAAAUGCGUACAAUUUUCACGCUAUUCCGUAGAAUAAUAAGCUCGAAAUCGGACGAACUCUCAUAAAAUCCACGAGAAGGGUGUUGUUCGCUUUCUUGUAAAAUGUUUCGCGAUUCUGCGUGCGAGAAGAGAAGGAGGGAGAGAGCGAGCGAGAGAGAAGGAGAGAAAGAGAUGGAUUCUCGUUUCGUCAUUUAGCGUCACAAAUACAUAAUUAUUUAACUCUAAGUUUUGAGGCGGCGUCACGAUCGAUCUGUAAAUAGAAUUUAUCUGUAGAUAAAGUACGAAUACAGGAGUACACGACCAACGAGGAAAGGAUUGUCGAAACGCUUAGCUCCAUUUUGCUAAUCGUCGUUAUCGAUUCGAUCUUUGCGUCGACGAUAUGUUAUGCGUGUGAGAGAUCUACCUGUUACUUUGUAAUAUUAAAAAGCAAGCGAGAAAGCGAGCGAGCGAAAGAGAGAGAGAGAGAGAGAGAGAGAGAGAGAGAGAGAGAGAGGCAGCCCCCUCGUCCCUCGCAGAAUUUGUCCGGAAUGUCUAGAUAUAAUUCGUCGUCGGAAACGACGAUCCGAUUUUCAAGAAUUUUACGACCAGUCUUCUUCGAGAGUCUACGUCCCGCGCACAGCUCUGUAAAGCAACAAAUACACACACACAUACACACAGACACACACGAACAUGUCCGCCCCACAAACAUCGAAACACACUAAUUGUUCGUCCUUUUUAACAAAUAUAACAGAACUUACGUCUUA